AUGUUUAAAGUAGGCAUAUUCCUCGUACUUUUUAGUGGGCAAAGUUUACAAUCAGAAAAUGAGCAACAGAUCUAUUUUAACACUGAAAUCUAUGAGAAGUUUGACGGUCGAAAUUGUGGAAACGUUAAUAAGUGGUCACUUAAGAAUUACGAAGAAAUAAACAUUUUGCCACCAAAUAAAAAUUCUGGGAACAGUACAUGUCUGGAGGCUUCAUCACGAAGUUGUAUUUCAUCCCCUUCAACAAAUUUCACAUCUCUCGAAGCAACUGUAUACCUUCAUUUAUCAUCGAAUGAAAGUGCACUAAGAGUGACCAUUUUUAAUGAAUUUGAUGUUCCUAUAAAAAGUUAUGAAAAGAAUAGAUUAAGUCAAGACUACAAAGAAGGAUGGAAUACAAUUGCAAUUCGCUUUAAACAUAAAGUUUUUGGAUAUAUCAACUUUUUAGCAAGUAGAAACAACGGAGAAGUUAUUUUAAUAGAUUCAUUUUCACUCUUUAAACCCAAUAAAAGACUUACGGAACCCAAAAAUGGAAUUAACUUGUUUAAACCUCAGUUACUGGUAUCACCGAUUAGUUCUUAUAUUCAUACCAAGAAAAAGUUCAAGCGUAAUACAGACAAUUUAAGUUCAAUAAUAAACUUAACAGAUAUUGAAUCAAUAAACAGUGAAAUAUUAUCAGGUCAAAUAUUAUCCAAAAUGGAAAAAAAUAUUUAUAACAAUAAUGAAGAUUUAGAACCCCGACCUGAACCAGAGCCCGCGCCUGACCCCAAAUCAGACCCAGAGCAUGAACCUAAACCAGAGCCGGAGCCUGAACCUAAAUCAGAGCCGGAUCCUGAACCCAAACCGGAGCCUGAGCCUGAACCAGAGCCCGAACCCGAACCGGAGCCUGAGCCUGAACCAAAGCCUGAGCCUGAGCCAGAACCUGAGCCAGAGCCUGAGCCGGAUCCUGAACCAGAGCCCGAACCUGAACCUGAGCCCGAUCCAGAACCUGAGCCCGAACCUAAGCCGGAACCAGAGCCCGAACCCGAACCGGAGCCUGAGCCUGAACCAAAGCCUGACCCUGAGCCAGAACCUGAGCCAGAGCCAGAACCUAAGCCAGAGCCUGAACCGGAACCCAAGCCUGAACCCGAGCCUGAACCUCAGCCAGAGCCAGAACCUGAACCAGAACCAGAACCGGAACCGGAGCCGGAGCCUGAGCCUGAGCCUGAACCAGAGCCCGAACCCGAACCGGAGCCAGAACCUGAACCAGAGCCUGAACCGGAACCAGAGCCCGAACCUCAACCAGAUCCAGACCCUGAACCAGAACCAGAACCUGAACCUGAACCUGAACCCGAACCGGAGCCGGAGCCUGAACCAGAGCCCGAACCCGAACCGGAGCCUGAGCCAGAACCUGAACCAGAGCCCGAGCCGGAACCUGAUCCAGAGCCUGAACCAGAACCCGAGCCUGAACCUCAACCAGACCCAGACCCUGAACCAGAACCAGAACCUGAACCGGAGCCUGAGCCAGAACCUGAACCAGAGCCCGAGCCGGAACCUGAUCCAGAGCCUGAACCAGAACCCGAGCCUGAACCUCAACCAGACCCAGACCCUGAACCAGAACCAGAACCUGAACCCGAGCCUAAACCUCAACCAGACCCAGACCCUGAACCAGAACCAGAACCUGAACCGGAGCCUGAGCCAGAACCUGAACCAGAGCCCGAGCCGGAACCUGAUCCAGAGCCUGAACCGGAACCCGAGCCUGAACCUCAACCAGACCCAGACCCUGAACCAGAACCAGAACCUGAACCUGAACCGGAGCCCGAACCAGAGCCCGAACCCGAACCGGAGCCUGAGCCCGAUCCGGAGCCCGAACCUGAGCCUGAACCGGAGCCCGAACCUGAGCCCGAACCGGAGCCCGAACCUGAACCAGAGCCUGAGCCAGAGCCUGAUCCUGAACCAAAGCCGGAGCCGGAACCAGAACCCAAACCUGAGCCAGAGCCUGAACCAGAGCUUGAACCAGAGCCGAGCCCGAACCGGAGCCUGAACCUGAACCAGAACAAAGUUUUUGGAAUCAUUUGCUUAUUAAUUAUGCUUUUACAAAAAAAC